CACGGGAAUUCCUUCGAGUUCAGCACAAUUAUAGACAAUUAUUUUCCUGAAGUGGAUCAUCAUCAUCAUCCUCAGAAGACAAUUGACAUCGAAGCCGUGUUCUCGGACGAUCCCAGUGAAAGCAGCUUCUUGGUUUACCAGAUUUCCCGUCAGUUCUAUGACAGCAUUUGCAGCCAUUCAAAUCAUCUGAGUGUCGGGGUCCCGCAC